AUGGUGACGCGUAAAGUCGCUCCCGCUCUGGCUGCUGGUUGUACAGUCGUGCUCAAGAGUGCCGGGGAGACACCCUUCACGGCCAAUGCUCUCGUUGAGCUGGCUCACCGCGCUGGUAUAGCACCUGGUGUAAUCAACGUCAUCACAGCCUUGGAGAACACCGUUGUCAUUGGCAUGCUUCUUACGACACAUCCAAAGAUCAAAAAGGUGUCGUUUGCGGGGAGCACGGCCGUCGGCAAGAUUUUGAUGACGCAGUCUUCGGGAACGUUGAAGAAGUUGUCCAUGGAGCUUAGCGAAAACUCGCCUUUCAUCCUCUUUGACGACUGUCCCGACCUUGAUGAUGCAGUAGCAGGGGCAUUGGAGGCCAAAUUCCGGGGAUCUGGCCAGACCUGUGUAGCAGCGAAUCGCAUCUUUGUCCAGGAGGGUAUCCAUGAUACUUUUGUCAGAGAAUUUUCCAAGGCAGUGGCCAAGUUCAAAGUAGGGAAUGGUUUUGGCCAAGGAGUGACACAUGGUCCAGCCACAAGCAUUCGUGCGGUGGAAAAGAUGGAAAUUCACGUCCAAGACGCGGUGGCCAAAGGCGCCGAGGUGAUAGUUGGCGGGACGAGGCUACCGCACCUCGAGCCUACCUUUUUUACUCCUACUGUGCUCAAAGGGAUGAAGCCCAAUAUGCAAAUGUUUUGA